CCGCCAUCUGUCACCUGAGCUCCGGCACCAGCACCUUGCCGUCCCGGCCCCGCCGCCUGCCUCCUCGGCGGAGCUGCUUCCCUCUCUGCUCUGUUCUCGUCGCUGACUUUUUCCCCUACAUGGAUCUGGUCAGAGUGGCAUCCCCCGAGCCCGGGCCAGCAGCGGCCUGGGGACCCAGCAAGCGAAAUGAGUCAGCCCAAUUACUCACCGAAAGCCGGACAGAAAGGUGGUUGAAGAAGCUGUUACCUUAACUUGUCAAGUGUGGUCAUCCUACUUGGGCAGUUUGUUGUUUUUGAAGUAGUAAGUUUAGGAGUGUCCAUGGGCCACCCCUCAAAAUACAAUAUCUUGUUCUUUGUCUGAUGUAAUGAGUGAGCAGUUGGCUAAAGAAUUGCAGUUAGAAGAAGAAGCUGCCGCUUUUCCUGAAGUUGCUGUUGCUGAAGGACCAUUUAUUACUGGAGAAAACAUUGAUACUUCCAGCGACCUAAUGCUUGCUCAGAUGCUACAGAUGGAGUUUGACAGAGAAUAUGAUGCCCAGCUUAGGCGUGAAGAAAAAAAAUUCAAUGGAGAUAGCAAAGUUUCCAUUUCGUUUGAAAAUUAUCGAAAAGUGCAUCCUUAUGAAGACAGUGAUAGCUCUGAAGAUGAGGUUGACUGGCAGGACACUCGUGAUGACCCCUACAGACCAGCAAAACCAGUUCCUACUCCCAAAAAGGGUUUUAUUGGAAAAGGAAAAGACAUCACCACCAAACACGAUGAAGUAGUAUGUGGGAGGAAGAACACAGCCAGAAUGGAAAAUUUUGCACCUGGGUUUCAGGUAGGAGAUGGAAUUGGAAUGGACUUAAAACUAUCAAACCAUGUUUUCAAUGCUUUAAAACAACAUGCCUACUCAGAAGAACGUCGAAGUGCCCGUCUCCAUGAGAAAAAGGAGCAUUCUACUGCAGAAAAAGCAGUUGAUCCUAAGACACGUUUACUUAUGUAUAAAAUGGUCAACUCUGGAAUGUUGGAGACAAUCACUGGCUGUAUUAGUACAGGAAAGGAAUCUGUUGUCUUUCAUGCGUAUGGAGGGAGCAUGGAGGAUGGAAAGGAAGAUAGUAAAGUUAUACCUACAGAAUGUGCCAUCAAGGUAUUUAAAACAACCCUUAAUGAGUUUAAGAAUCGUGACAAAUAUAUUAAAGAUGAUUUCAGGUUUAAAGAUCGCUUCAGUAAACUAAAUCCGCGUAAGAUCAUCCGCAUGUGGGCAGAAAAAGAAAUGCACAAUCUUACAAGGAUGCAGAGAGCUGGAAUUCCUUGUCCAACAGUUGUACUACUCAAGAAACACAUUUUAGUUAUGUCUUUUAUUGGCCAUGAUCAAGUUCCAGCCCCUAAAUUGAAAGAAGUAAAGCUCAGCAGUGAAGAAAUGAAAGACGCCUACUAUCAAACUCUUCAUCUGAUGCAGCAGUUAUAUAACGAAUGUACGCUCGUACACGCCGACCUCAGUGAGUACAACAUGCUCUGGCAUGCUGGAAAGGUCUGGUUGAUCGAUGUCAGUCAGUCUGUAGAACCAACCCACCCUCAUGGCCUGGAGUUCUUGUUUCGUGACUGUAGGAAUGUCUCACAGUUUUUUCAGAAAGGAGGAGUAAAGGAAGCCCUUGGUGAGCGAGAACUCUUCAAUGCUGUUUCAGGCUUAAACAUCUCGGCAGAUAAUGAAGCUGAUUUCUUAGCUGAGAUAGAAGCUUUGGAGAAAAUGAAUGAAGAUCAUGUUCAGAAGAAUGGAAGGAAAGCUGCUUCAUUUUUGAAAGAUGAUGGAGGUCCACCAGUCUCAUAUGAUGAAUAGCACUAAUGCCCACUGCUUUCGUGUUGACACAGUGGUGAUUAUCAGCUGCCAAUGGCAAAUGAAGUUAUGGGUGACUUGAAAUAUCAAAACAUGAGGCUUGUACAAUGGUGCUUCUGUGGUUUUUUUCCCUUGUAACCCAUAUACCAGAUACGUGGAAUUUUUAGCUCAGCAUUGAGAGAAUAAAAUGUCACUACCUCUCAUGAUAUGAAUAGGGUAAUAUAAUUCUUAACAACUACAGGUUAUGUAGCCGAAAUCAACCUGAUUUUACAGGAUUUGUGGCAUAAAAUGUUUUGAUGAGAAUUUUUAACAUUUCCAAAUAUGGAAGGAAGGGACAGAUGUGUUUACAAAGGAGACAUUUAUUACAACACACUUGGCUUUUCUCACCUCCCUCUUUUGUGUUGCAUCUUUCCUCAAAUAUUUGAUCGGCCUAAAAUUAGCCCUUCUUAAUUCUUUUUCCAGAUUGUGACCAUGAUUCUAAAGGAAAAUUUCUUCUCUUUAGUAGGUGACGUAAAUGGAAAUUUGGUUUCAGAAUGGCUGACAGAAGUAAAGUGCUUUUUAUUGGUACAUCAUUAAUUCUUUUCCACACUGAUAUGUAAGGGAAACGCAUCAUCAGUUUCUGAAAGAGAUAAAUAAGUACUUCUCAACUAUCCACAGUUUUUAAAUUUAACUUCCAGCUUUUCUACAUUUAGGUGAAAUGGUUAGGAUAUAACUCAUGGUGCAGCCGCUCUGCAUUUAUAAUAAAAAUGUAAAUUAUCUGGAAGGACAGAAUAGAAUCUUCAACCAUGUUUAACAUUUUUAAUGAAGUCAUUGAAACAAAAUUCAGUUUACACAUCACUCAAGCUGUAUACUUACUGUUUUUGAAAGAAAUACAGCAGGCUACCUAGAAA